CCCUCUCCUCCUCUGGGAGCCCACUGCCUAGACCGCCAGUGUCCGACCCAGCUGGUGGAGGCGACUGGGCAGCCCUAGAACCACUUCCCCCAAAACAGCGUCUGUAAGCUUUGCUGAUCCCACCACAGCGCUGCAGGGGAGGGACCCCCCUGGCUCUGGGUCUGUGAUUGCUGACUAGGACCUGCCCACCUUGUCCUUCCCUUCAGCCUCCUGGAGUGGUGACCACAAUAACCCGGCCUUGGAAUCACUUGAGGAAUUUUUAAGAGAUCUGACGCCCAGACCAAUUCAAUGAGAACUCCAUGGCUGGUCUGAGGAAUACGAAUCUCCAGCUAUCUUCAGCCCUGCUGAGCUCCUGUGCUAUUUCCUAGGCCUUGGCAUCCCCGCCCCCACCCCAGAAACCAAGAAUUCUCUGGAAGAUCAGACCCAUCAGAGUCUCCAGGAGAUCCCGAUGCAUGCAGCUCACCACAUAGCAUACGACGAGUCAGGACAUGGAGCUAUGGAAGCAAGUGUUCCAGGAAUUAAUUCAGGAAGUGAAGCCAUGGCACAAAUGGACCCUGACAGUAGACAAAGACCUUCUUCCCAACAGCCUGAAGCCAGGAUGGUUACAGUACCAGCAGAGGGCUUUUGCCAGGUUCCAGUGCUCCCUGUGCUCUCGCAGUUGGGCCUCUGCUCAAGUUCAGGUCCUUUUCCACAUGCACAAGAGUGGGGGGGAACCCAGGGGCAAGGUGAAGAUGAGGGUCUUUGCCCAGAGAUGUCAGAGGUGCGAUCAGUCUCCAUUUGAGGUUCCUGAGUUCACAAAAGAGAACAUCUCAAGGAUCCUGAACAACCUGGUGUUCCGAAUUCUGAAGAAAUGCUACAGAGAAGGAUUUAGGUCCAUGGAGACGAUACCUACCAUCAAGGAAAUCUCUCUUGAAGGGCCGCAUGACAGUAACAACUGCGAGGCAUGUCUGUCGGGCUUUUGUGCUCAGAGUGGGUCAGGUGAGGCCCUGCAGUCACCAGGGUUGCCGUCACUUCCUGCCGUUAGCUCACCUGCCCUUGGGACCGCCAUCCCCAUGCCCUCUCCCACUAGGAGUGGCGCCCCAGUGGACGCAGGGAAGGGGAACACCAGAGCGGACGCGGUGAAGGAGAACGCCAUGGGAAACAAGGGAAAGGCUUUACCCCAACCCUGGUAUACUGUGUCCACAAAGGCUGCGAUCCUCCCCACCCACUGGAGCCCGAGACCAAACACCCACCACCACGUGGAGAGGAGAAUCCAGGUCAGCACCUGCAGUGAGGUACCCUGUUCCCACCCAGUCCAGAAUCUCAGGUGCAGGAACUUUAAUGCUUGCUGCUGUUUUUUCAUUCUGAUCAUUGUCGUGGUGAUUAUCGUAGAGACCAUUCAGUGGACCUCCACAUGAUGCCAGGUUCAGUCAUGUAGUACUGUCCCACGGAUAGGAAAUACGCAGAAGAGGUAAAUCCAGAGACAGGAAGUAGCCUGGUGACUGCCAGGGGCUGCGGGGAAGGGCAUUAAUCGGUAUGGGGCUUUUUGUGGGCAGAGGGUGGGUGGUGAUGAAAAUGUUUGGCACAAGUUGGAGGGGGUGGUUGUACAAUACUGUGAAUGCAGUAAAUGCCAUUGAAUUGUUCAUUUUAAAGUGGUUGAUUUCAUGUGAUUUUUAAGGGUUAAUGUUAAUUUCAAUUCAAUGUGUAAAGGACGCUGACAUUCUGCUCAUUCUCGGGAGAACUGAGACCGAAGCCUUUAUGGCUCACAGAACUAUUUGGAAAUCUCACGAGACCUGUGGAUCCUCUCUCCCCACAGAAGCUUGCACAGACCCAGUGACGUCAGCCUGUGGAAGCAUUUGCCAUGGUUUUCAUUAGGUUGAAAGCCUGGGUCUCAAAGCAGUGUUCUCCACAGCAGGGUCCGUGCAGCUCAGGGCUGCGGCAGGACCAUCCACCCACAUCGGGGAGAUAGCCUUCAAACUCUAUUUCAUGUUUCUUUGUACUUUACUGUUUCUUGUUGCACAGUUUAUAAUGUGCGUUACUGUACUAGUAAAAUGGUAUUGUGACACAAUGUGUAAUUAAAUAAAUAUACACCCAUCUGGAGUGCG